AUGAAAUGGCUCCCGUGCCUCCUUAUCUGGCUCUUUUCCUCCGAAGCUCGAGGCUUCGAAAUCCCCACCAACGGACUUCCAGAGUUUGCAGAAUAUGAAGAUCUCUCGGAACUGUCCCCAGGCCAAUUUCGAUUUAUGCCUGAGAACCGGAGGCAUCAGAGAAGUGUUUCUGGAGAAUCUGGAGAAACGACGGAAGAUGUUGAUCAAGUCACUCUUUAUAGCUACAAAGUCCGGUCCACUAUCACUUCUCGUGUGGCCAACACCAUGAUCCAAAGCAAACUGGUGAACAACUCCCCACAGCCUCAGACCAUCGUGUUCGACGUGCAGAUUCCCAAGGGAGCCUUCAUCUCCAACUUCUCUAUGACUGUGGACGGCACGACGUUCACAAGCUCCAUCAAGGAGAAGACCGCGGGCCGCGCGCUCUACGCCCAGGCCAGGGCGAAAGGCAAAAGCACGGGGCUGGUGAGGAGCAGGGCUCUGGACAUGGAGAACUUCAAGACCGAAGUGAACGCCGCCCCCGGAGCAAAGGUGCAGUUUGAACUUCACUACCAGGAAGUGAAGUGGCGGAAGCUGGGGUCGUACGAGCACAGGCUUCACCUGCAGCCGGGGCGACUGGCCAAGCACUUGGAGGUGGACGUGUGGAUUAUUGAGCCUCAGGGAUUGACAUUUCUUCAUGUUCCUGACACAUCCGAUGGCCAUUUCGAUGGUGUUCCGGUCGUGUCUAAAGGACACCAAAAGGCACACGUCUCCUUCAAGCCUACGAUAGCUCAGCAAAGAAAAUGCUCCGGCUGCUCCGAGACCGCAGUGGACGGGGAGCUGGUGGUGGUGUAUGACGUCAAGAGAGAGCAGAAGGCCGGGGAGCUUGAGGUAUUUAACGGAUAUUUCGUCCACUUUUUUGCUCCCGACAACCUGGACCCGAUUCCCAAAAACAUCCUCUUUGUCAUCGACGUCAGUGGCUCGAUGUGGGGGAUAAAAAUGAAACAAACAGUGGAAGCAAUGAAGACCAUACUGGAUGACCUGAGAACCGAUGACCAGUUCUCGGUGGUCAAUUUCAACCACAACGUGCGCACUUGGAGCAACGAUUUAGUCUCCGCUACUAAAACACAGAUUGCAGAUGCCAAGAAGUAUAUCGAGAAAAUCCAGCCCAGCGGAGGCACGAAUAUCAAUGAAGCUCUGCUGCGGGCCAUCUUUAUUUUGAACGAAGCCGAUAACCUGGGGAUGUUGGACCCCAACUCUGUUUCUCUCAUCAUUUUGGUUUCUGACGGCGAUCCAACAGUAGGGGAACUAAAGUUGUCAAAAAUUCAGAAAAACGUGAAGCAGAACAUACGAGACAACAUCUCCUUGUUCAGUUUGGGGAUAGGGUUUGACGUCGAUUAUGAUUUUUUGAAGAGACUAUCCAAUGACAACCGCGGGAUGGCUCAAAGAAUUUAUGGAAACCAGGACACUUCUUCCCAGCUCAAGCAAUUCUACAACCAAGUCUCUACUCCACUGCUCCGGAACGUCCAGUUCAACUAUCCCCACACGUCAGCAACAGAUGUCACUCAGAACAGUUUCCAUAACUAUUUUGGGGGCUCAGAGAUUGUGGUGGCAGGAAAAUUUGACCCGGAAAAAUCAGAACAGUUACAGAGCAUUAUCACUGCAACUUCGGCCAACACGGAGUUAGUCUUGGAGACCCUGGCCCAGAUGGACGACUUGGAGGAUUUUCUAUCGAAAGACAAGCACGCGGAUCCUGAUUUCACUCGGAAGUUGUGGGCCUAUCUGACAAUCAACCAACUUCUGGCUGAGCGAAGCCUGGCUCCGACGGCGGCUGCCAAGAGGAAGAUUACCAAGACCAUCCUGCAGAUGUCCCUGGAACAUCACAUCGUCACCCCGCUCACCGCCAUGGUGAUCGAGAACGAGGCUGGGGACGAGCGCCUGCUGGCCGACUCGCCGCCCCAAGACCAUUCUUGCUGCUCAGGUGCCCUGUAUUACGGCAGCAAAGUUGCUCCCAGUUCGCUCCCAUCUUGGGUCAACCCUUCGCCCACGCCGAGGGUCCCCAUGCCCGCGAUAGCAGCGCCCGUGCUCGAGUCCACUCCUCCCCCCCACGUGAUGAGAGUGGAAAAUGACCCACACUUCAUCAUCUACCUACCAAAAAGCCAAAAGAAUAUUUGUUUCAAUAUUGACUCAGAACCUGGAAAGAUCCUCAACCUUGUUUCUGAUCCAGAAUCAGGGAUUUUGGUCAACGGACAGCUCGUCGGUGCCAAGAGGUCCAAGAAUAAAAAACUAAGCACGUAUUUUGGAAAGCUAGCAUUUUAUUUCCAAAGCGAAGACAUGAAAAUAGAAAUCAACACCGAGAACAUCACCCUGAGCAGGGGCUCUCGUUCGUCCACCUUGUCAUGGUCUGACACAGCUUGGGUCACCAAACCGAGGGUGCUUGUCUCGGUGAAGAAAGAGAAGACUGUGACGAUCACUCUGGAUAAGGACAUGUCCUUCUCUGUGUUACUGCAUCGCGUUUGGAAGAAGCACCCAAUCAACGUGGACUUUUUGGGGAUCUACAUUCCCUCCACAAACAAGUUCUCGCCCAGCGCUCACGGACUCAUAGGCCAGUUCAUGCACGAGCCGAAGAUCCGUAUCUUCAAUGAGCGGCCUGGAAAGAACGCCGAGAAGCCAGAGGCAAGCUUGGAGGUCAAAGGACAUAACUUGGUUGUCACCAGGGGAAUACAGAAGGACUACCGGACAGAGCGAGUGUUGGGGACAGAUGUCCCCUGCUGGUUUGUACACAGCAGCGGGAAGGGGUUCAUCGAUGGCCACUACAAGGACUACCUGGUGCCUCAGCUCUACAGCUUCCUCAAACGGCCUUAG